AUGUCUCGAUCCGCCGCAGACGCAACCCGCUUCACGGCCACAGGCCCCUACGCGCAUUCCAAGCCCGGUGCCGCCCCCUACAAGCUCCCUGGGUUCAUGGCGAACGCCCAGUCGCAGGGAUCCGGCAACGGUGGCCGUCCGGAGACGCCGAAGGAGAAGGUCGACCGGUUGCGGGCCCAGGCUAGGGCGGCGCGGAUGGCGCAGUCGACUUCGCGCGUAGAUACCAUGAUCGAUUUUGGAAGACGGUUCGCCAACAAGGCGCAUAAGACAAUGGUUUAUACGCUUAUUGCGGCUUCGGGUUCGGCACAUGGUGCUGUGCGUGGAGUAAGACAGACGUGGCUAAUGGGUCACUGUGUAGGUAUCUGCGGAGCGUUAACGGUCUACUCGAUGGUGUCUCUUACGCUAUACAACCGUCGUCAACGGGCGCUGUGGAUCGAGAAGGAAUUGAAGACGUUGCAGGAUGCGAAGACGGCGCAUGCCAGCGGAACCGCCACACCGGCACAGCUGGAAUUGCUCAAGAACGAGAAGAUCGGCGAGAUCUACGAACAGAAGAAACAGGAGGAGAAGGCGCAACGGCCCUGGGCUAAGUUCAAGCGGUAUUUGUUUGACGGGUUGAGUUCGGAGGAGGCUGCCGCGAAGGUGGAAGGUGCGACGGAGAAUAACAAGCCAGGGGUUCUGGAGGCGCUGAAUGCGAAGGCUGCGGAGGAGGCGAAGGCUGCUGCUGCUGCUGCUGCUGUGCAGCAACCGGGUCAGUUGGAUGCUCUGGCGGAGAAUGCGGAGACCGCGGCGAAGCAGACGUCGAAGAGCUGGAAGAGUUGGCUUACCGGACGGUAA